AUGCAGUUAUUACAAUGGGUGCACCACAAAUUUCGGCACAGUAGCAUUGAGCCUCUCAAGGAUCUCAGUAUUGGGGAUCCUGGUAUUUUCCUUUCAGCUCAGCCAUCAGUUGAUGAUCAACAUUCCUCUAUGAAGUCAAGCUUUGGCUCCAGCUAUGGAUCUACAUCCUUGGAGCCACCUAAAAGGAACCAAGAAAAAUCUUUUUCUGAAUCUGAAGCCAAUAGAGAAGAAGGAACAUCUGCUAUUAUCUCAGAGCUAUUUCAUGGCUUUCUCACCAUUGGAACACUUGGCUCUGAACCAAGUAUCAAUGAGCCGGAAACACCAACUUUUGCAACAACUUUAGAGAACUUAAGUGAGCCAAAAACAGAAGUGACACAGAAUGACUUGAAGCUCAUCAGCUAUGAGCUAGAAAAGUUCCUUGAGGCGGAGACAAAGGAAGAAGGGGUUCGUGCAUCAUCAGCAAGGAACAGUCAUGCUAGCACUAUUACACUCAAUGGAAAGCAAAUGGAGGAAUCUGAAGAUGAAGAGUACUGGACGACAACUGUGGUAUGUCCGCUCAAAGAAUAUCUCUUUGGGUCCUCAAUUGAACUACCAGACACAAGAAUAGAAGCAAAGAAAGAAAAGACAUCACUGCAAGAGCUGUUUGAUAGGACAAAGAUGACAACGGAAAAUUGUAAGGAGACAAGUGAGAGUGUGGAAAUAAAAUCCGAGCAUAAGCAUACAUCUGCCAUGCAGUUCAUGAAGAAGAUCAUAAAAAAACUCCAUGCUUCUUCGAAAAGCUCUGCCCCUUGUACUGGUGGUGAUGUAACUGAUCCUGUUUCCACCAGGAAGACAUUUGGUGAGGCAUCUGAUUCUGUUUCAACCAAGAAGAAACCCCAUAAGAUCUUACGUAUGUUCCAUAGAAGGAUCCAUCCUGAAAGCUCUACAGCUGCAAGAGAAUUUGUAGAGGCCGAGAAAUACAAGGACAAGAACAAUUACAGUGCCCAUGGUGGUUGUAGUGAAAAUAUGAUGCUCAUGGGCAGAGACAACAGAAGGUUCCCUCAAGGGGCAAUGAUAAAGGAGGGGACUGAACAUGGUAAGAAAUACAUGAACUUGCCCCAAUACAGGCUGAGUGGCAGCAAUUUUAGAAGAAAGGGAGAGCACUGGAUUAAAACAGAUGCAGACUGUAAGUAUCACUUUAUAUCCUAUACCAUGGAAAAUUACUUUGAUUAG